UUGCGCCACAGUACUUUAUCUGUUCGUCGGUAAAACUAUCGUGAGAGUAGAUCGUAGUAGCGUCUGUUUGCUAAAGGAACUGAGGAGCGGAUGUGAACAGCUGUAAUUCAUUUUAAUUUUUCUACAAUGAUCGUUGUCUCGUUUUUUCAAUAUGUAUUCACGUAUUUGUUUUUUCUAAUUUUAGGCUUGAUAGUGCUAUCUUUUUUAUUUCUCAAGUACAGCAAAAAAAGUCAAGAGUUAUGGUUCUUCUGGUUUUAUUUAAAGUUUGUUGGGCCUAAACUCGAUCAAUGGUUUGCUACAGAUAAAAAUGAAUUAUUCAAUGAAUUGAGAGAACAGAAAUCCAGUGAUCCAGAACUACGGAAAAAAGGUGAUGGAGUGCUGAGAGUUGUAGAAAUUGGUAUUGGAAGUGGAUCCAACCUUGAAUUUUACCCAGAUAACACACGUCUCAUUGCAGUCGACCCAAGUACGUAUUUCCAGAAAAAUUUUCAUGAGAAAAAACAAAAUUUUCCAAAUAUAAUAUUGGAGAAUUUCUUUUUGUGUGAUGCAGAAGCUAUGACUGAAAUUGAAGAUAACAGUAUUGAUGCAGUAGUCUCUACCCAUGUAUUAUGUUCUGUAGAUGAUAUACGCGGGAUUCUGCAAGAAGUGUUUCGUGUUUUAACCCCGGGAGGAAAGUUCUACUUCUUGGAGCAUGUUGGAUAUCCAUUAGAUUCUUGGAAGUUCAGAGUACAGCAGUUGGUCCAGCCAGUAUGGGAAGUUUACUUGUUUGGAUGUCAGCUGACCAGAAACAUCUCUCAAGAUAUAGAUAAUAUUGGAUUCUCUCACUUAUCUCAUCGUAUUUCCUAUAAUUCUGAUGUUCUUUUUAUUUUAAGGCCUCACGUUGUUGGUAUUGCUACAAAAUAACUUUUGGAUGAAAUAUUAGUUUCUAGUAUUAAAAUAGUUUUUUUUUUAAACUGUGACUAAUGACCUAAUAUUAGCUCGUGCAUUCUUACCUUACAAGGCUACUAACCUAACAUUAGCUGGCACAUUAUUAACCUCCAAGACUAUGGAUACACUGAUACGUGAAUAAUUGUUAAACAUAUCUUCAAACUAUAAACAGUUGAUUAACCUAACAUACCUUAUUGUCAUUGUUUGACAAGUUUUUAAACUUCCUUGAAAAAAGCUUAUUAAAAUGUUAAAUGUUUAUAAUUUUUGCCUUUUCUUAAUAUUUGUCAGUAGAAUAAAGACAUUUGGAUAUAUUUUUGUUUUUAUCGAUAGAUAAAUAAACUGUACUUGUUUCAAAAA